AUGCUGGACAAAUUGCCGAUUGCUCCAAAAAUUUUGACCUUUCCCAAAGAGAGGCCAAAAUUACAAUUCGAAAAAGAGGUGGGAUUUGCCAAAGUCGAUCAUGUCGAUGAUACCGAAGUGGAUCGCAUUGCCCAGAGCCUGGCUGGUCGAGCAAUAUUUCUAACCGGUGGCACAGGAUUUAUGGGGAAAGUCCUUGUGGAAAAAUUGCUAAGAUCUUGCGGGGAGUUGAAAAAAAUUUAUCUUUUGGUGCGGCCCAAAAAAGGCAAGUCACCCGAAAAACGUCUUAAGGAGGUGAUGGAUGAUGUGUUAUUCGAUAAAGUCAAAGAACAGCAUAGCUUGGAUUGGAUAGCGAGUAAGGUCGUACUCAUAACCGGCGAUGUAUUGGAACCCCAGCUGGGUAUAUCGCCAGAAAAUAUCAAAACCUUAAGAAAUGAAGUCUCCAUUGUGGUACAUUGUGCGGCAACAGUGAGAUUUGACGAACCCCUACGCAAGGCCGUCUUCCUGAAUGUUCGCGGUACCAAGUAUACACUUGAUUUAUCCAGCACAUUUAAACAUCUAAGUGUAUUUUGGUAUAUCUCAACGACAUAUUGUCAUGUCCAUGUAGAUAAUCUUUACGAGAAGCCCUACGAUCCACCCGCAGAUCCGCAUAAAGUUAUUAGCCUGUGUGAAUUGUUGGGUGACAAACACAUGGCGGCAAUCGAGAAACGACUAAUGGGCAAUAUUCCGAAAUCCUAUUCAUAUACUAAAUCGUUGGCGGAGGCCUUGGUCGUGGAGAGAUUUGGUAAAAUGCCAACGGGUAUAAUUCGUCCAUCGAUUGUAAUACCAACGUGGCGUGAGCCGAUUCGGGGUUGGGCCGACAACGUGAACGGACCCAUUGGUCUCUUAAUUGGUGCGGGAAAAGGUGUCAUACGCACCGUGUAUAUUCGUGAAGAUGGUUAUGGAGAUAUGAUACCAGUCGACUUUGCUGCAAGUGGAAUUUUAGUGGCCACAUGGCGUUAUCUCACGACAGAGUUUGAACCCAUGGAUAUACCCAUUGUACAUCUGUCAAGUUCGAAUGAAAUAAAAAUUACCUGGGGAGAAGUCAUUGAAGUUAGUCGUUGGGUUAUAAACAACAAGGUGCCACUUAAUGGUGUAGCCUGGUAUCCGGGAGGUUCCAUGAAAUCCAGUUUAGUAAUGCAUUGGAUAUCGAUGAUACUAUUCCAUUGGUUGCCAGCAUUACUGGUGGAUUUCUUGUUGGUGAUAUUACUCCAAAAACCUGUUUUAAUUCGUGUGCAAAAACGCAUUACCAAGGGUUUAGAGGUAAUCGGCUUCUACGCUAAUGGAACAUGGAAUUUCGAUAAUACAAAACUUAUUGAACUGCGAAAGCUAAUGAACAAUAGAGAACGUUUGACAUAUCCCAUAGAGGUGUUCGAAUUUGAUCUGAUUGAUUAUUUCGUCGAUUGUGCGAUGUGUGCCCGUCGUUUUAUGCUCAAACAAACGGAUGAUACAAUACCAGCAGCCAAAAGGCAUUUGAAAAUCAUGUGGUGCCUGGAUAAACUUCUCAAAGGCCUGUUCCUUUUCGGUCUAUGCUAUUACAUAUAUCAACAUUUCCUUGCCGAUUUCUUGGAGAAUUUCUUAGGUCGUUAUUAUGGGCAUAAUGAGACCAGCGCCACCAUUUCUAAUACACCAAAUCCGGAAUGGAAUCAAACUCACAUUGGGGGAUACUGGAUGCUGCUGUUACCCAAAAAUUAGAAACAAAUUAGAAAUUAAGAUCUUUAUUUCCUGUUUAUUUGAAUUAAUUCAAAAAAUGUGUAUAUAGUUUUCUUUUAAGUUUAAUUAUUCUCGUUUAUUUUGAAAAAUAACAAUUGAAGUUAAAAAAUGGCAAUGCUUCCUCUCUCUCU